UUAAAUGGUGCAAGAAUCCUGUUAAAGAAAAGCUGGCUUAUUACACUUUUUCCCUUUCUACAGGUUACUAAAGACUGCAACACUAUCUAGUUAGUAAAUUUGGAAAGAGACUUUUCUGCUAUACUAAUCAUGUCAGAAAUAAUCCUCUUUAUUUGCAACAACUAGUUAUUUCACAGAUAAAACAGAUAUACAGUAAAAAAACAUUUUUAAUGUUAAGAUCCUAUUGAAUGGUAAGAGUUGUAGGUAACGCCUGCCAAGUUAAAUUCUAACUUGAACUAAAACUCUUAAAAUCCUUCAAUCUAUAAUGAUUAUAAUAAGCACGUUUACAGUGUGGUAUUCAUACUAUUACUUAUAGGACAGUUUUAUACACUUCCUCAUAUACAUCUACCUCAACAUAAACAUGAUUUAAUUUUAUAACUCGAUAUUGUUGUAGCAGUUUGUAUUUAUUGUUAUAAUUAUUGUUGAUAAUGUAGGGUAAUUGUAAUACUAAUAAUUAUUAUUGUACCUUAAAAUUUCUCCCUGUUGCAACCCUAAUUGUUAUUCUUUUAUUUUAUCCUUUAGGUUGUGAUCUGAGGGUGUGAGUGCUGUUAAUGCAUGAAGUGGAAAUGUAAGCUUUGCACUUACUUCACAAACAAUCGUCGAAAAAUACUUGGACAUUACAGAUCAAGCCACUCUCAUUACGGAGGACGAGUACCGAUUCCUUGUAUUUACAGUGACUGUGUGUGCUCUUUUAAGUCACACAAGGCUCUUGGAAUACAUGUGAGACAACAUGGAUUUUGCUACGGUGAAAAAGUGUGUUGCCAGCAUUGUUGAACAAGUGUGAUGUAAUUGACAAAGUUUUAGAGGAAACAAAUCUACCAUCGCUCUCUGCUUGGUACCUGGAACACCUCAGAUGCUAUGAAGUCUGCAAGAACCACUCUGCAAAGCUGCUUGUAGUCCAGCCAGAGGAGCUCAAUGACUACUUCCCCCUGUCAGCGUAUAUGGUGAAAGGCAGACUUCUGAUCUCUCCAAAAGGGUUUCUGCUCCAUUGAGAUUCCAGUGUACAAAAUGUUGCUAAGAAUCAUUAUAAACAAGGAUGAUAUUAGGAAGAUACAAACUGACAGUGAGCCAGAGACUCUUGAUUCCUUUUAUUCUUUUUUGAAAUGCAAGCUUGGAUUGGGAGGUGACUUUGUAGUUCAAUUUCAAGAUCCAGACUUUGGCAAUGAGUUCUGCAACUUGUCAAGCUUGUCUGAACUUCCAAAAGAGAAGGCCACUUUAAAGGUAAUCCUCAAGCAAAUCCCAGAGUCCCCUCAGACUGACUCAACGUUGGACACGGCAAGUCUCUCGUCGCCCUCAUCAUCUUCCAUGGAGGACACUCCUUCCUGCCGUCGGCCAUGGCCUGACCCUUUUGUGAUUCCAAAAUUCUCAUACGAUGUGGAAUUGAAGCUUAAACGUGGUAAUGAAGCCUACCAGGAGAAUGGAACCCUUCUGAUUACAAAUAAAGACACUAAAUCUGAGAUACUUGAAAAAUUGGCUGAAGAAAUUUACAAAUACUCAGCAUCUCGAGAGCAGUAUGACAUUGUUGCACAGAGCCUUGUUAAGAAACAUCCUUGCCUGAGAGAGCCUGGAUCUGUGAAGGGGUGGUACUGCUGGAAGUUCAGUUUAAAGUUUAAAAUGGGAAAUUACCGCAACAAGCUUCGUGUGUCUGGAUGUUCAGAGCUAACAGUGAAUCGCCGAAAUUCAGGACCAAAGCAGAAGCUCAAGAAAGCUAAAAAGUCUGAAGUCAACUUUCUUCCGGAUGUUCCUGAAGGCAAAACGCAGAAUGUGCUGGAAGAGGAGAGGGCAGCCAUUGUUGCAGAGAUGAAGAAGAAGAAAGUUGAUUGGAAGAAAGUUACUGACAUGAUGGCCAGCACAUUCCCUCUGCGACGAAAAGAAAUAGUUGAAGAACAACCACUUGUGGCAGAAGUGAAGGCCAAGUGGCCAGCUUUGUUCACAGAUACACAGAUUGAGGCUGAAUUUGCUCGACUAACUUCCACUGACCUGUGGGACACGUUUGUUUCUGGGCUGGAUCAGUAUAUGGAAAGAUUCUUGCAGAUGUUUAGGGCCAAGAGUCACUGCAUUCAAGCACUUAGCAGCCUCCUGUCUCUGCUUGAUGAUGAUAAUUCAGUUCAAAAGAAAAGGGCAGUCAUUCUGAGAGGCCUGCCACAUUUUCUCAGGGAGGAUCCAUCCAAACUUCUAAAGAUUGCUGAGACUACAGAGAGUGAGGAGCAGAUGGCAAAAGGAGUAAGUAUUGGUGUCUUGCUGAUACAAGAAGAGGAGGACGUCAUUGACUUUUCAGUGGUACUGGAAGAGCAGAUCAUCCUGAAUGGCAUUACUGACUUCCCCCAUGCGGUAGCUAUGCUUGUUGGUCUGUUAUUCGCACUUAAUAUUGACUACCCCAAGGAACUGCGCUACACCUUCGAGGUCAUUCAGAAGGUUUUAAUGAACAUUGGAGGUGAACAGUGUUCUGCUAGGGUUCACGGACUCAGAAACAGACUCUUGUGUAAAACUCUGUAGGUGGUAAAGCAGUCAGUGGAUAUCCCAAGAGUGUGCUGUGUUUAUCUGAAACAUACAUGUGCUUAAACUGAGCAAAAAAAAAAUUUCUGAAAUGUUAAAGACUACAUGCAAAGUUCUAUAUAAUUGAAUUGAUCAGGUGUAAAUAGGUCGUUCAGAGUGGUUUGAAGGGAUUCAUUAUAGAUAAAUUUACAGGCUUAUUUUUUUAUUUAUUUAUUUUUUUUAAAUGGUCAUAUUUUUCUUAGCUAUCCAUACCUCCCGUAGCUUAUAUUUAGGUUAUGUGUUGUAAUAUUUUAUUUAGUUAGAAUUAAGGUGCUAAUAGAUGUAUUAUUCAAUCUCAUUUGGCCAUUCUUGACUUCUUUACUUUUUUUCUUUAACAAAGUAUAAUUGCCAAGUUCCAUAAUGUAAGAGUUUAUUCUGCAAGGUCUGUUGGACUGUAUUCAGGAUACUAUGUAAGUAGAUUUCUGGUAUUCAUGGUUCCUGUUUGAGCAAACAUGCUUGUAGUUAUUAUUUUUGUUGUUUCAGAUAAAGAGUUUUUGCUCUACACUGCUGCACAACUUGAUAAAAAAAAAAUUCAGCCAAUUUAGGUGAAAGUAGGGCUGAGUGGUAUGAUAAAUAUUUUAUUACAGGGAUUGCAAUGGUCCAGCUACUAAUCCGUGGAUCAGUCCCGGGUAAUGCUGCUUACCAUUGGCAGACAGAGCCUCAGAGAGUACAAUCGGCCUUGCUCUCUCUGAUGGGGGGGAGACAGAGCUCCAUAUAAUCACCCGCUCAAUGUUUGUGAAUUAGUAACCCAAUGAUGCUGUUCAAACAGUUCAAAAAGAACCAGUGUCUGACCUAUGUUAUAUAGGAGGCAUGUGUUAGUCUUCACCCUUCUAGUGUGGGUGGGGUAAUUGAUUUUUCUAAAUUGGCAAUGCAUUAAUAUUAUUUUCCAUCAGAAAAAUGCAUAGUAGUGGCAGAUUCUUAAACAAUGUGCUGCACUUAGACUAAUUAUAACUGUAAUCAAACGUGCAAUUGGUCAGGGUGUUUUUAGUACUGAUGAAAUGUACAUUAUACACAGCGUAUUAUUGCUAAUUUUAUGAUUAUACAAUGAAAUAUUGUCAUAUUGCUCAGCUCAAAGUUGUUAGCUUUCAACUAGAAUGGAUCAAACUUUUCACAAGCACAUAUAAGCUGUUAUAGGCUGUUUUUUUCCCCAACUGAGUUACUGAAGUUGUGUGCUGUUGUACAACUUAUUGUAUGUGACACUGUUAGUCAUUAGCACUGCUAGAAAAAUCUCUGUAUUCUGCCAAAUUCUGCUUAUGACUUGUACAUUAGCCAAAUUUAACUAGUAACUUUCUUACAAUUUGUGUUUUAUAAUUUAAUAAUUUAUUUUGGAUUGGACUGAGCAGGCUGUUUUUCCUUGUUUAUUAAACUUCUGAAAGUGU